UAGUAGUAGGUAGCAGUGCGGCUGGUGGGUUCGUGCGUUGCCAGGCUGCUGCUGCUCGUGUGCGCUGUGCUCCGCUUCUUCCUCUCCGUAAGAAGGGGUAGUAGCUUUUCUGCUGUGUAUACCUGUAUAUUAUAGAGUGAGACACGAGCCGCAAUGUGCGCUACUCGGAACAUGGCCGCGUGACUGGAGACAGAGAGAGAGUAAGGAGGAUAUAGUCAGGGGCUGCUCCUCGCGAGAGAGGGUGAAAAACAGAGACAGCGGCAACAAAUAACGCGUGUGUGUACGUAUGCUACGCUAUUAUAUUAUAAGAUAAGAAAGAGUAGGUGUAAUCGCCCACAGUGUGCUCGCGCACACAGCAGAUAAUCAGUCGUCGUCUGCAGCAGCAGUUCGCGGAGUUUUGCGCGCUAUAAUACGCUGCACCGCGCGACUGAGCUCAGAGAGAGCUCCCGAGAGCUCGGCUAAUACUCGAAGCGUCAUUGAUUGAUAAGUAAAAAAAAAAAAAAUUCGCUCGCACGAGCGUUUCUCGCUGUCUGUUUACUCGUGCGUGUGUGCCCGUGUGUGUGUAUGCGAGCGUAAGUGUAUAUAAUACAAAUUUAUAAUCGUUCGGUGGCAAAAAUUGCGUAACGAACGAAGAAGAAAUCUCCGUCGGGAGUUUGCUCUCGGCACAAGUUCGGAGAGUCGCAAGAGUUCAGUUGGGCCUAAGACGACGUGACGACGAGACACGUACGUCGAGAUGGACUCAUCGUCAUCAGCCACUACGCGUGACAACGACGAGGUACAACGCGUACACGAUCUUUGCAUCCUGUUUUUUCACAUCACGCAUCUUUGUACAUCGUCGUAGUUUGUAGUUCAGUAGCUGUUGUGUUUUUUAGAGUAGUAGACGAUUUUCCUUUUGGUUUUUUCUUUUCGCGAAAUUUUUAUUUAAAAAACAAAAGAAGAAGGAACUAGAGCCAAAAAACAAAAAAACAGUGUGCAUGUGCGCGCGAGUGCGUAUAAGCGCACGCGUAAGCAACAGCAAUGAGGAGACGACAGGAGUUGGUGCACGUCGUCGAGGUCGACGUGGAGGACUGCUCCGCUCGCCUGACCAAUGGCAACGUGGGCACCAUCGCCAGGAGCAACAACGACAACAUCGUUAGUCCUCGAGUACACAACAACGUCGUUCGCGAUAAAAACGACGAGGAAAAAUUGGAGGCGAUCGAGCUGUCGGAGAUCGUCGUCGAGUCCACGACCACGGAGGAGGACAGCGGCAGCGACGCCUCGUCCCAGGACAAGAAGAACCAGUCGCCGCACCAACGGAGCUUCACGCGCCGCGAGUAUCUGCGACGCUUCGUCGAGCUCUCGAUCGCUUGCUUUUCCCUUUUCUGUUGUUUCGUUGUUUUCGUCAGGACUGCGUUCGUGGUGAUAACUGGCGAGUACUUCGAGGUCUGGGAAAUGGCCGUGGACAUCUUGGACGUCGACCAUCUGGCCGUGUCGGCCAUCGUCACGGUCGGCAUGCAGAUGAUCUUUUUCACGGUGGCCGCGACCUUUCAGAUGGACAAGCUGACGGACUUCGCGGGCGGCGUCAACUUCAUCAUCCUGGCGCUGCUCACCUUCUUUCUCGGACAGGUCGGUAAGACCUACGACAGUCGCCAACUGAUGGUGACGGUCUACGUGUGCCUGUGGGGCGCUCGACUGAGCUGCUACCUCGUCUAUCGCAUCGUCAAGAUCGGCCGCGACAAGCGAUUCGACGAUCGCCGCAGCAACGUCAUACGCUUCGCCGUGUUCUGGACCUUCCAGGCCAUCUGGGUCUACGUGGUGAGUCUGCCCGUGAUCAUCAUCAAUUCGCCGCGGCACAAGAUACCGCCGAGUCCGAAGACCAUGACGACCCUGGACAGCGCGGGCACGGGCAUGUUCUUCGUCGGCCUGAUCGCCGAGACUUACGCGGAUCUGCAGAAGUUCGCCUUCAGGCAGGAUCCGGUCAACGACGGCAAGUGGUGCAACGACGGCCUCUGGAGGAUGUCGCGCCACCCCAAUUACUUCGGCGAGAUAGUCGUCUGGUGGGGCAUCUUCGUGAUCUCGCUCAACGUGAUCGAGGGCUUCGAGUGGCUGGUCAUACUCUCGCCCAUAUUCACCACCAUCAUCAUCCUCUUUCUGUCGGGCAUGCCCCUCCUCGAGAAGGCCUCCGACGAGCGUUACCGAGACAACGCCGAGUAUCGCUACUACAAGCAAUCGACCUCGCCGCUGAUCCCCAUACCGCCGGCGAUCUACUCCGAGGUGCCCUGGUUCCUCAAGUUCAUCCUGUGCUGCGAGUAUCCGCUGUACGACUCGCUGGACGCGAAGCCGCGCGCCGCCGUCACCGAGUCGACCUCGAUAAGCCUCGCCGCGUCCACGUAGCUAUAAGCGUGCGUCGGUCCGAUCGUGGUCGCGGCGCAGACUAAUAAUAACGACGGCGGCAGGCCAGUAGUCCCAGCGAUGAUUGGCCAACAACAACAGCAGCAGCCGCCGAUGAUGCGACUCGCGACCGGUGAUCAAAAUCGGCGCACGUUAAAUUUCCGAGUUCAGCUCUAUUCCGAACAGUACGAGAUUUUCGUUAUAUCCUUGUGAAUUCUUUGAACGCGCGUGUGUGUGUGUGCAAGCGUGAGUGAGUACGUGUGACUGAUACUUUUAAGUAAAGUUAAAUAAUCUUCCUCCAAACAAAUUAUAAAAACAAAAAACAACCAAAAAAAAAAACACGUCUUUUAUACGAUGAAAAAAAAAAAAAAUAAUAAUAAUACUCUCGACUCGCUGCGUUGUCUUCCUUACAAGCUCUCCCUACAUACGACGACACAAUAUACAAAAGCAAUUCUCCAAUCCACCGCAGCGAGAGGACCUCCUGUAUACAAACGCGAUCUUUAAUUAUAAAACGACGUCUUUUCUACUACACGAUGAUGACGAUGAUGAUGAUAAUUUAAUUACAAUUAUAUAUACUUACUAUACUUAAAAGUUACUUUGUAUAAUUACAACAACUGCUUCCAGAUAACAUAUUCUUUGUUCGAAUGAUAUACUAUAUGCUGUAGCGACACGUUGAUGCCGGAUUACCACAAUCGAUGAUCCACGAUAUGAUAAUACGUACGAAAAAUCGAUAACCGAUCGGCAUGUGUAGGUAAACGCGUGUGCGGGAGUGUAAAUAAAUAAUACGAGUAUGAAUCAAUAUCAGCGCACUUUACAUAUAGACUGUUAUCCCGAUUGUCGAACUAUACAUAAAUAUUAAUAUUAUAUUUAUAAAUUCGUAUAUGAGUGAUCGUUUUUUAAAAAAGCUCCUCCCCAAUUCGAAUCGCGAACGAGCAAUUUUUAUCCAUCGAUGACUCUAUAUUAUACACUGUUUAGAUUUAACGAUGUUAUUUACGAUAUUAUUAUAGGCUAGCAAAAAAAAAAGAUAUCCGAGAGUAAAUUUUCUUUUUCCAAUUUUCAAAUGAGCGUAUGUAAUUUUAGCUAGUCAAUCGUUUGUUAUUUUAUUUUCUCGUUCCAACUAAAAUCCCGUAAACAUUUUUCCGCUCGAACGCACGUGUUGAAUUUUUUAAAGAUUUAAUCAUCCGUUCCACAUACAUUGAUAUUAUAAUAGAAGUUAUUGAGGAAAAAAAUGAGUAUUAACAUGCAUUUCAAAAGUGCCAUAUAUAUUAUGUAUACAUCGUACCUAAAAACUGAAUAUAUUAUUAAUAGAAAGGGUAAAAAACGUGAGAAGAAAAUAUUUUUAUUUUUGAAUAGUAGUCGAUACGCAUUCUUUCUUCCGAUCACAGUCUGAGAAAAAUUUAGUUGCCAAAGUAUGUAAAAAAUACUGCCUCCCUAUCUCUCCAUUGUUACGACGCACUUUUGAAGACAAAAGAAAAACCCCUAAAUUUUCAAGGUGAAAAUAUUUUCUUCCACGGAAUUUCAUUGAUGCACAAGAUUACAUUAUAUAUCAUAUAUUGUACGCCAGGAGAGCUGUCGAUAUACGUGUAUGUAUAUGAUUCCGGCAAACGAUAAAAACUUAUGUGGUACUUGUAACUUUUUGAAAGCAGACCAAAUGAUGUGAUGCGUAUGUGCUAUAUGUAUAUCGUAAGUUCAAUACCGAGCCAGAAAAAAAGUGAGCGUGACAGAGACGCGUUUUCUUCGAUAUAAAUCGUCGUCGGUUGAUUUUUUUUUUGUCGUUGUUGCGUUUUGCGCGCGAAUUUAAAAUUUUAUACGUUCACCGAUAUAUCUGUGACCCUCUUGGCACGCGACGCGACGCGGGCGCGCAAAAAAACACCCCAGUACUGGCACACAAAAGUGAAAUAUUAUCCGAUUUUCGCUCUAUCUUCUCUUUCUUUCUUUUUUUUUAUCAUCGCGCAACAUUCAAUUUUGCAAUCUCGCGCAUACAUUGACCGAGUUGGAAAACUUUAUAUCGACGAGAAAAAUCCUCUCAAUUUUUAUCGUAUAGAUAAUGCACAAAGUAAAAUACUAUUGAAUUAUUGAAUCCUUCGAGUAGAGUCGCGCGCGGAAGCUUCGUUAGUGCCAAUUUUUCAGUCAACUGAAAAAUAACUACAGUCACACACUUUUUAAAACUAUAAUAAUAAUAUAAUGUAAAAAAAAAAAAGUUACGUGCAAAUCGUUGACCGAAUUUUCUUCGCCUCUUAACGGCUGUAAUGAGCCCGUUCACUUGCCGCGCAACGCGUGAAUUUUCACAAUAUGUACCUGUUAUACUUGUAGGAAUAUAUGAUUAAACAACAAAUGUUAAAAAAAAAUUACGUCGAUGCUCUGCGAAAAAAAAAUUAUCUGAUCAUUCAUUUUUUUUGUGGUACAUUUAUUUCGAGCAAGAACAAAAUCAAGUACAAAUUACACUUAUAAGAGUGCAUACUACACUUGUUACAAGUUUCGUGCAUCCAUCCAGAUGAAAAAAAAGUACUGAAAUAUUAAUCAUUUCGUUGUCUCAAACAAAUCAAAUUUUUUACAAAAUACCAUAAAAUGAUAUUUUUGCGCUAAGCUUGCUAAUUCACUGCUAAAAAAGACAGCAAUAUUCAAAACAAUAAAAUAAAAUCAAAACGCUAAUUAUACUUUUAAUGCGAACUCAGCACCUCUCGCAGUUACGCAGCGAACGAUGUACAAAUUUGAUUUUCCCAGAAAUGAUCAGAUCGUAAAGUCAAGAGCAUCUAUAAAAUAAAUCAUACUAUUACGAACGAAAUUUUCUCACGUGCACUUAAAUAAAAUGAUAAAGAAAAAGCACACUUUAUAAUAUAGGAAAAAAAAUAUAUAAUAUACCUGAAUAAAUAAUAUAUUUAUGCUAUCGAAUCGCCAUUGUUACGUAAAUUUAUCAGCAUUUUGUCAUGAUACUUGGUAAGGGGAGAAAGCGACCUGUUUCACUUGUUGUAAAGUGGGCAAUUAUUUCGACGAAGAGAGAAUUGUUGAAUGAGAAUAUUAAGCUUAGAAGAUUUAAUUGUAAAAGUAGCGUAUAAAAUUUGCGCGCAUCCGAAAGUAAGAGGUACAUUUUUAACAAAACUAUACUUGAUUUGAGAUUAAAAUAAAACAACAUGCUUGAAGUGAAAUCACAGGUGCUUUGUAAUGAUUUAAAUAUUUUUGUUGUACUGCUCUAUGAAAAUAUAAAUAAACCUCGAAAAAAUGUAUCAAUAGCUGUGCGUGCCAUACUAUGAAUAUUACAGCUUUGUGAAAUGAACUUUCGAGCUUCUUCAACGUUGAAUAGCGAAAGCAAAUUAAGCACCUCAUAAUUACAUAAUUAAGUAGAUCUUUUACGAAAAAAAAGUAAAAACAAUUAAACGUAGAUGAUAAACGAAGUAAAAAAUGGGCCUUUAGAUUAAACGAUAUUUUAUAGAAUUACAAUAACGUAAAAAUUAUUUAUUACCAAGUGCGAAUACUAAGUAAACGUAGAAAGCGAGAAAAGCGGAUAUAAUUUUUUUAGAAAUAAUUGAUAGAAAAUAACCAUUGUACGAAGUAAGAAAGGAAAAAAAACUAUUAUCGACAUAUCUCUAAUCUUAAUAUAGGAAAUACAUUUUACGAUUUUAAAUUUUAAAAACGAGACCAUAGGAGAAGAAAAACUUGUAUAUUAACGCCACAGUCUAAUCAUCUCGAUUUUCUCAUGCAAACUAUAAUGAUCUAUAGAAAAGUACGAAGAAGCAAGAAAGUAUAAGUAAACUAGAGAUUUUUGGAUCGACAAUUUUAUGGUUAAUAUCUAUAGUUGGCACUUUACUUCGAAUAUUUCUGUGAAACGGGGUGUAUAGAAAAUUCGUGUUAUCAAGCUGUAAUUAACGUAGCGACUUUAUAUUUGUAACGCGCACUUCGAAGAGAAAUAAAAUAAUGAUCACACAGCCUUUUUUCUUCGCUAAAAAAAAAGGAAAAAACGAGGUCGCUUUUUACAAUGAGGUAGGGGGUGUGUACGGACGGGAGAAAUAUAUUUUUUUAAAACGAAUAACGAAACUGUAAGGCUAUUGCAAAUUACGAUAUUCGGGGGAGAAACGCUCGUUUUGGAUUAAUAUCUGUUGCGAUAUUAAGCUUGUUAGAUACGAAAAAUUUUCAAUGAUUUUUCCCGUGAGAGAAAAAUUCAAACGAUCGAUCCAAAAGUUAUCUAGAGCGUCGAAAAAGACACAGAUUUUAAUGCCAAAAAAAAAAAACGUAAAAUGUCAUGGCCUGUGCAGCAGAAAUGGUGCUUCAUCACAGAGUUUUUUUUUUCGUAAAAUCGAAUUAUAUAGAUAAUAUAAUAUCAACAUUAAAAAAUGAAAAAUUAA